AUGAAAAGGCAAGCAGUUUGGAAUGAUCUUCAAGCAAAAAUGAGUGGAAAGAGAACUCGUACUGAUGCCAUGUCAGGGCGAAAGAAGAAGUCCGGAUCGACUGCUCCUCACGAGAUCAUAGUACAACGGCUAGCGUCCGAGCCAGAUACUAAGCAGACAUUUAGACCUGUGCAACCUAGGGAAUUUGUCAACUUUGAGUACGAAGAACUUUCAUUGGUAAACUUAAAGAAAGCGUGCGCAGCCCACUUCAACUUGCCAGCGAGCACGUGCGAUAUUUUGGUUUCAAACAAAGGACCUUCAUGUACAAACAUUGGACAGAUUCCACAUCGGAAGGAUAAGGUAAAAUGAAAAUUUUGUGAGCCUUAACAUUUCAAAUUUAAUGGCCUAAAUUCAAUAGUUUUCAUAUGUAAAAUAGGUUUGUACCCGCAUAGGGCCAUCCCAGUUAAAAUUCCCCCCCCCCUUAACCAGGUUACUGGGUUUAGGGUUACCAGGUUACUGGGUUUAUCAGGUAAAAUUUUAGCACCCUUCGAAGUGCUUCAUAUAAACAAUUUUCAGACUGAUUUAGUUGGUCAGUUUUCACCAAGAUCUCAGGGGGGCAUAAGAGCUACAAAUGUCAUCUUCAUUCUUGUAUGGAUUUAUAGUACAUGUAUAUUAUAUAUAUGAUAUUAUUGUGGAAAGAAGUAUUAGAGUACUAUCAUCACAUUUUCUAAACAGGUUUACCUGGUAAGAUUUGUGGUGAUGCAGGAUGACCAGCCAUUGUCUGAAGACAGAGUUGAAGAUUAUUAUGAGGACAGCAUAUCAACUUCACACCCCAAUAGAAAUUGUAAAAGUGCAACUGCCACAUGCAGCCCAACCAAAAGUAAGACUAUAGAAACAGCUUAUCCAGCUUCAGUAUCAAUAGAUGCUUUACUAAAAGCUGGUAAACUAGCAAAACCACAACCAAAAAACAAAGUAACCAUUACUUUUGAAGCAUUCGACAUUGAAUCAAGAGAGUGGACGGAAGUCAUGGAGGAAGAACUUCUGGUCGACACCAAGAAAUUUGCUUCUGGUGGCUUCAGAGAUGCUUUCCAUGCAACUGGAAAGAAAAGUGCUAAAAACCACCAACCAACAGAAUGGGUUGUGAAAACCUAUAAUGCAAGGGCUAAAAGCACAAUUGAAGGGAUUGCAAGCACAUCAGUUGAAAACCACUGUCGCAAACAGGUGCAAAUGCAUGCUGUGGCACGACACUUCACAAAGAAAUUUGAUUCGAAAGCCCCAUCCAGUUUUGGUAAGUGUUUUAAGUAUAACCGCUGUUUCUAUACCUUGUACAAUGGUGAGCCUGCAACAAUUGAAGAGUAUGUGCCAGGCAGAUUUGUGAAGAUUGUCAACAAUGAUGGCCAGUGUAUAAAACCACCAGAGGGAGCAAGCAGUCAGUGCAAGGAGAUAUUUGCCAAGGCACAGUGCUUGGUGCACUAUACCUAUCACUCAUCUGAGAAGAAACUUAUGCUUCUUGAUAUACAGGGCUCAGAUUUCACACUGUAUGACCCAGAAAUAGCCACAGAUAAUGUUUUAGAUAUUGAAACAAAUGAAAUGUAUUUUUGUUGUGGUAACUGUACUACUGUGGGAAUGGAGAAGUUCAUAGAAGACCAUACUUGUAAUGAGUUCUGUGAAUUAAUGGGUUUGUCAGUCUUGUCGAGUUAAAGAAGAGUACUCGCAAACCAGUUAAUUAAACAAAAACUAUGCAAACAGUGAAUGACAUAAACUGGCACUUUUAUCACUUUAUAAAUGCAGUUUUGUUUAUUUUGGUUAUAGUCAUGAAAUAUUUGGAAUUAUAUUUGCUUAUUUAACAGCAAACUUUAGCAAUUAUUGUUCACACUUAUUAUUUACAUAGUUAUGUUUUUAUCAAUAAACACCACUUUACUGCUAUUAAAAUUAAUGUUAGUGGAAUUUAUCAUGUUUAAUGUAAUGCUUUGAUUGUAUAAGAAUAACUUAAUACAUUUUCAGUGGUUUUUGUUAUGAUAUCAAGUAUUCAAUCAGCUCAACCAAUUAUAAAGUAUGAAACAAAAACUGAAAAAUGAAAGCAUCUUCAAAACCCAAGAUAUGGACUAAAGCAAGACAUAAAUUUGAUGGAUAUAUUUCGAUCAUAUUACAUAAUUAUCAUAAUAGGAUAAUAAUAAUAGGGUAAUCAUCAUAAUGGAAUAAUUAGGUAACAGGAUCGAAAUAUAACCAUUUAAGUUUACAUCUUGCUUUAGUCCAUAUCUUGGGUUUUCAAGAUGUUUUCAUUUUUGUUUUUUUUGUUUUAUACUUUAUUUUCAUAAAAUGUCGGCUGGUUCUGGCUUUUCAACCAAACAUGUUCACCUCAUUAAAGUCCAACAAUUUUCCAUUACCAGUGAAACAGUCUGGUAUUAGACAAUGCAAAAUUACAAAAUAAGGCCAUUAAUUAAGAUGCUUUGCUGUUUACUUUAAUGAGUUAACCAGUGUCAUUCUUUGGUUAUGAGCUAAUUUAUAAUCUCAAAUUUCCUACUAUACUGCCACUAAGCUUGUGCAACCAUUAUUCAUUUGGAAUGUUUCUAGCCACGGUUUCUAUUUUUAAAUACAAUUGGUACUAAAAUUAUUGAUAAUGGGCUUUGAGGAAAAUAUAGGCAUCAGCAGCAUCCAUGGGUUUCACACCAUCUAUGUCUGGAAUAAUUCGUUCACACUCCGCUCUUACAUUGGGAGAUAAAAAGUCCUCUCCAACGGUCAUGACACUUGAUAAUUGUGCCGCCUCAUCUAGCGCCUCUUUAGUGACAGGUAAUCCUAAAAAGAAUAUGUUUUUAUAUCAAAAAGCAUUUUUAUUUUUACAUGAUUAAGCAACACUCAAUUUCGCCGAUUUUGAUAUAAAGCUUUCUAUAAUCUUCGAGGAGACCAUAUCAUCCUGUUUAAUUUUUUUUCAUCUCACAACAAUGAAGUGGGGAUGAGUGUUUACAGCCUGUUUCAGCCUGAUCUCCCUACAAAUAUUGUCACUGAUGUAUUACAUAUGUACAACACAGAAAUGCUUGUAAAUUAAUAUACUUUCAGUCUGAUCUAAAAGGGAAUAAGAGUGGAAUCAAUGAUAUAUUAAAACCAAGUUGUACACAGCAGCUGAAAUUUUUGUAUAAGAGAAGUGUGAACAUGUCAGGGAAACUUUUGAAUAUAGCUGUUCAGAUGUGAUGGCAGGACUCCUGAAGCCUGUGUAGGCAAUUAAAUUUAACAUAAUGCAGUUUUAAGAAUGAUAUGCUGGGGUAAUCGUAACCACACUUUAGUUGGAAUUAAUGUCUCUAACACUAACAAUAAGAUGACUUGAUAUGCCAAUGUACAUUAAUUAAUGAGGUAGUUAAAAUUUUGUUCGUUUUCCGUACCACAUUCCUCAGCCCCAUAGUUUUCUGGAAAUGAAUACAAAUGAUUAGGGAUCCCCUUAGGCAUUUGUGCAUCUUUCUGACUUCUGACCCUGUGAGAAUUCCAUAUAGUUUCUCUGAAUACGUUCAUCUCCUUUUGAAUAACAGGAAUGAAGAUAAAUGCAAGCAGAUCCCUGUUAAAAAAAGAAUAAUUUAACAUUUAAUAGAUAGAAGCUAUGUUUUUUUAAAUUUUUAAAAAAGUUGUCUAUCUACUGUACUAAAUAAACACUGUACCUGUCAGACUGGUUAUGUGGAUCAUAAUGUCCUCUUUCUAAUAGCAUCCUCAGUUGCCGUUUGAAGAAUUUUUCAAAACGCUGAUGCAGCUCACGCCACCACCUUUCAAUCUGUAUUAUUAAAAAACAUCCAAUUUACAUAUUAUUAUUAAUUUAAACAUCCAAUUUAGCCUUGGAAGGUUAGUUUAAAUGGAACAAGAGGAGUCCAAUUGAACCUGCUGCAAGGCAUGCAGGGGUGCCUUAGAUGCCCCAAGUCAAAAACUACAAUCUAGAGGAAUUGAAAUGAAACAGCCAGAGUAUAAUAUUAUUAAGGUAUAUGGUACAGUAUUUUUCUCCAAAUUUGUAUCUUUGUUGAUUUCUGAGCACAAUUUCAUGCAGUAUAAAACUGUUUUUGGUGCAGAAUCCAUAUUCCUACUUCUUUCCAAAUUCCAACAUAAUGUAUUUCGGAUUUUGUUACAACAGUUUGUUAUACACCAAGAAUAAUAAAGAUCUCAACAGAGAUUUAGGCUCUAACAAUGUUUGUUUUGCUUUUUAAAGCUGUCACAUAAAAGGCCUCUAAAGAUCCAAGCAACAAACAAUUUCACCUUGUUGCUUGUGGAAGGACCAUAGUGCACUGUGUCAACAGCAUCCUGAUUUGCUUGUCCAUCUCCAUGUGUUUGUCUCAAAAAUGCAUGAAUUGUAGCCAUUUGGCCAGUCUCGGUCCCCUUAUCUAAUCGAAGAUUCUUACCGAUCACUGAAACAUAAAAAUGUACAACUUAUUUGCACCAUUUCAUAAUUCACAAUAUUUUCAUACAAAAGUACACACCUGCUGUUAAAUGUAACAAAAAGUUAUCUUCUCCGCUUCAUUAGUGACAAACCAUUAGAAAAGUGGAGGGGGGGGGGGGUUCAGCUUGCAUGAAUUGUUUUCAGCCUUCAGCUUAUCAAGGAAUUUUUUUGUAGAAUUUUUUUUACUUUUAUUUGCUUUCCUCCUUGCGCAAACUUUUUUCUUUAAAUUUUCCCCUACACAAUUUGUUUCUGCCCCCCCCUCUCAUUACCUUUCAAUGGUUUGUCACUUAUUAACUUAUUAACUUAUAUGCAGUUCUCAUUGAAAAUUACCACUAGUCUACAGGUAUUAGAAUUUUAACGACAAGUAGUUGAAAUUUACCCCACUCAAUGGAGGCUUUAUCCCAAAUUAUAUCUGCUUAAACUCCCUCAUUUUUAAACUGGCGAGAACAGCAUUUUGAGUAUAUAAUAAUAUUGUAAAUCAUGAUUGGCCAAUCGGUGGAAUUGCAUUAGUGUAUAUUCACACCUCUUGUUUGAUAAAGGUGCUCCAAAUACCAACGCCCGAUUAGUUUAGGAUCAGAGUUAGAAGUCCAAAGCUUUAAAUACAAAAUGUAACCACUGAACGCAUCUUGAAGUCCAUAUACUGCCAAAGGGAAAGUGUAGUUCAUGUAAUCCAUUAGCUUGUCAUGUCCGUCGCCAGAGUGAGUGUGGUUGGGUCCCUAAAUAAAUUUGCAAGACAAUCAAAUGUCAAGGUUAUUGUGGUGUUCAUUUGCAAUCCACUUGAAUGAAAAAUAUCUUACCAAUGAUGUAAAUGUUCCAGUUUGUCCACGGUGACGUUUCUUUCUCCCUACAUUACUUUGACGUUCUAGACCUUCUGGGUCAACCAGAGUCAUAACGUCAUAAACUACGCCACGUGGUACAGCUAAAUUAUGCUGUUCUCGUAACUUUUUGUGCAUUGACCUAUAUCCAAGCAAUUGCCCUGGCCCAUCAGUUUCCUCUCUGACAGCUGUCUCAACUGCUUCCAAAUCGGUACCAUAGUCGAUAUAUUUAAUAUUAAAAUGAGCCAUCCUUCGACUAAGCGUUGUUAAACUCCACGCGUAUUGUGGAUAAUCUCGUUGCACAAAGUCUAAAAGUUCUUUGCGACUCAGGUUUUGCAAUACGUACCGCUGGAUAUCCGAUUUUAAAUCUUCAUCAGUCUCCCAAUCUGGAUUUCGAAUUCUGUUAUUCAUAGUUGCAGUUUUCUAUGAACAAAUACCCGUCAACUUUCGGCACAAAUUCUCUUCUUAUAGUUAAUAUUUCUUCUUUUUUAAAUAAAAAAAACUCGACAAAUACACAGUCUCACAGAGUUUAGGAUGCAUGCCAUGAGUGAUCUCAACGGUAACAAUACUUCAUUUAUGCAUAUCAUUUUGUCCCGAAGGGGGCGGCCGCUGACCAACGAUAUCCUGGGCUAUGGAAACGCUGGGCCAUCACAACAUUCGAAAUUGAUUUUUGACAUGUUUCGAUGGCCCAUCGUUAUCAUAGCAAAAUACAAAUCAAAUUGAAAAUCAAAUGUUUUGAAAUUUUCAAAGUUGUUUUCUUAAUCGGUUUUUUAUUUUAUAUUUUUUAUGUUUUAGUGCCUUUAAUUGUUUUUUCAGUUUUUCAUAAAUUUAUGAAUUUGUUUUCUGUUCGAUUUUUUUUCUUUUUUUUUUCUUAAUUUAUUUUUUGUUUUUGGUUUAAAUUUUACUCAAAUAUUUUUUCUAUAUUUUUAUGUCAUGUAUUUUUUAAAAUUUUAAUUUUAUAUUGCUUUUAUUAAUUUUUAACUAUUUUUUCACAUCUUAUUGUAAAUAAAACAGGUAUAUCACUAUGGUAACACUGGGCCACCAUAGAACAGGCAAAUUAGGACGAAUUUCAACAGAAAACCAGUCUCAAACUUCAAAUCAUGAGGGAAGUCGUGCGACCACAUUAGGAUUUAUAUUAUGUGUGCUUCGCUGUCGCCAUUGGCAUUGUUAUAAAUAAAUUGUCUCACUCAUCAGAUCGUGUGUGCAAUUCUUGUUGGCGGCGGAAAGUACGAAAUUUAUUUCAUUUGGUAAAGCACUCUACAAACGAAGAGAGCGUUCCGAGUCCAGAUCGUUUCGUUUCAAACGGCAAUUUAAUACCGCCUUCUGUUUCGCUCCCUCAGAGAAGCCUUGUAAAUCGCAAAGUGUUUCGAAUAGGCUUACAGUCCUUACAUGCAACUGCAUCUCAACAUCAACCAAAAGAUAAUUUUCUUGAGGAAGUGAGAACACAUAACGUAUCAACUGAAGUCUGUUUGAAAUUAAUUAAACUCAAGUAAAGGUUACUAUAGUUUACCCCAGUCGUAAUUUGCUAUUCCAACACCUCACGACAAGCAAUCCCCAUUGGCAUAACGGCAAAAACAUGUCUUCCUUCAAGUAAACAAUAAACAGUCUGUUCUUGUUCAUUUGUAAUCGAAAAAAGUGAUCAAUUUUCAAAUUUUAAGCUUAUCGAGAGCCUUUGUCUAUGCCUUUGUGAUGAAUCACUGUUCCCUUGGGCCUGCACGCUAGGUUAAUUAAUUACCGAUCGCCUCAGCUAGCCAAUGGGAAUUUAGCCGGUGGUUCGGCCGGCGAAAAUCGAAAACAUGGGGUGAUGGUUGCAGGCCCACUAUCAGUUCCCUUGGGCCUGCACGCAGGCUACCGAAGCAUGAACAAGCGAAAAGAUGGAACGUUUGUAAGCAAUCUCAAAUCGUUUCAAGACCUCGUUUAUGCAGAAAAUUUGGAUAUCGUAUCAGUAACUGAAACAUGGCUGAAUGAUAAUGUCAGUGACAACGAAAUACUGCCUUCUGGGUACAACAUCAUUAGAAAAGAUCGCCCUUCUAACAAACGUGGAGGAGGUGUCUUAUUAGCAUUGCGUAACGGAAUACAGUAUAACAGAGUUGCUUCAGCGACUUGGUCUGAUCAUCUAGAAAUUCUUGCGAUUGAACUUCUAACUGCAAAACCAAAUAAGUGCCUUCUGUGUGUCUGUUACAGACCACCGAACAGUGAUCUCAACGAUUGGCUUGAUCUUUUUACGUCUUUUCUUCAAGUUGCUGAAAAGUAUGAAAAGAUACUUAUUACUGGGGACUUCAAUUUUCCUGAUUUAAUUUGGAACUGUGAUAAUGCUUCCCAAACUCUUUCAGCCAGCUCUAUACAAUUUCGAGAUCUUAUACAAGACUUUUUUCUGGAACAAGUUAACCCGUUUCCGACUAGAUCAAAGAACAUCCUUGAUCUUAUCCUCACUAACAUUCCUGAAUCAGUCACUGAUAUCUCGUGCGUAUUACCAAAAUCAAUGGACCUCUUUAGUGACCAUAAUCUCCUUUUUUCCGAAUUCAAAGUAUUCGCCAAGUUAUCUUCCUCUGACACGCGAACUGUUCUGGAUUACCGUUCAGCAGAUUGGGAGGGUUUGCAUAGAACUCUUUCAUCGAUAAAUCUCUCUCCAUCGACAGUUUCAGAUAAAUUGGAUAUCGACGAAAUCUGGAAACAAUGGUACGAUGGUUUUAUGAAUGCUGUGUAUCGUCAUAUUCCGACCAAAAUCCUUAAGAAACGCAAAUCUCCUCUUUGGUUUGACAGUGAAAUCCACCACCUGUUAAAUAAAAAAGAAACGGCUAGAAGAAAAGCUAAACUGAAGAGCUCGAGUCACAGUCUGUGGGAAAAUUUCCGACACCUUCGACGUUCGUGUAAGUCACUUAUAACUCGAAAGCGAAAAGAAUUCUUCCAGUCUUUGCCUGAUGUUAUGAAAUCAAAUAAGAAACGGUUUUGGUCGUUAUUCAAAUCGGUUUCAAGUUCAUCAAGUGUUCCCAGCAAAAUUAUCUGGAAGCGCGAUGAUGGAACUGUUACAGCAACAAAUCCGGAAGAAACUGCAAAUCUCUUAAACAACUAUUUCUAUUCUAUGUUUAAUCAACCUCUUUCCCAAGAAGAUUACGAUGCUCAUCCAGUCCCGAACACAACAUCCUGCAAUCCAUUAGGUGAUAUCACAAUUUCACCUGAUGAUGUUAGACGUAUUCUUCUUUCUCUUGAUGACAACAAAGCUACAGGUCCAGACAGAAUUCCAGCUACAUUGCUCAAAUGUUGUGCUCCAUAUAUAUCUUCAUCGCUUAGUGAUCUCUUCAACAAAAGUUUGAGUUCGGGCAAAAUCCCAGCAGAAUGGAAGAUCUCCAACAUAAUACCUAUUCCUAAAUGUGGUGUAAAGAAUGAUGUUUCGAACUUCCGACCAAUAUCUUUACUUCCCAUAGUUUCUAAAGUCCUAGAACGUUGCAUCUAUGAUCAAAUUAUCAAUCAUUUGUCAAGUCAGCUGCAUAACCUUCAAUUUGGGUUUCUCAGGGGGAGGUCUACCGAGUCACAGCUGCUGCAAGUUCUUCAUGAAAUUGGGAAAUCGUUUGACCAAAGAAUCCAAACUGAUAGUCUUUAUCUUGAUUUCUCAAAAGCCUUUGACAAAGUUGAUCAUAAGCUUCUACUCAAAAAACUAAGUAACUUUGGAAUUUGUGGAAACCUGCUUAAUUGGUUUCAAAAUUACCUUACAAACCGCCAUCAGAAAGUCACCGUCCUAGGCAAGACAUCGUGUCCAAUUCCCAUACUAUCAGGUGUUCCUCAAGGCUCAAUACUUGGACCUUUGUUGUUUCUUAUGUACGUGAAUGACUUACCUCAACAGACCACGUCAUCGUCCGUAGCCCUGUUUGCUGAUGACACCAAGUGUUAUCGUGCAAUAAGUAAAGCCCAGGACGUUAGGGAUCUCCAGUGCGAUUUUGAUAAAAUUAACAAGUGGUGUCAAGUAUGGCGUAUGACCCUAAAUCAGUCUAAAUGUGGUGUUCUCACAGUGACAAGAAAUGUAAUUUCUGUUCAGUCAUCCUAUCACUUGAUUAAUGAUGAUCAUACUAGCACCUCACUGAUCAAGAAACUAGCUGUACAAAGAGAUCUCGGCGUUUUGAGAUUUCAAAUGGAGCAAACAAGUUAAUGCUGUAUGUACAAAGGCCAACAGAAUGCUGGGAUUCAUAAGAAUGACUUCAGCCGACAUACGCGUUCCACGUAUAAGAACCGCACUGUAUAAAACAUUAGUUCGAAGUCACUUCGUGUAUAGCUCACAAGUCUGGUCACCACAAUCUGUAGCACUUAUCCUUGAUCUCAAGAAAGUACAACGGCGUGCAACAAGGUUUAUAUUAUCCUUAUCGUUUCAGUCUGAAACCAAUUAUAAAGAUCGGCUGCUAUUAACAGGGUUACUGCCCUUGUGCUACUGGCAUGAGUACCUGGAUUUGGUAUAUUUCUUCAAAGCUCUGAAGUCAAAUGAUCCAAACAUUGUUAUGAAGUCUAGUAGUCGUGUUACGAGACACAAUUCAACUAAAAGUAUUUCAACUAACGUUUUUAGAGUAAACACUUUAACUUUUCAAAAUAGCUAUUUUAAUAGAGCUCCUAGAACAUAUAAUUGCUUGCCAUCUUAUAUCCGUGACGCUGACGUCACAAUUGGCCAAUUCAAAUCAUACUUGUUGAAAUAUUAUCACGAAAUGACUGAACUUAUAUAUGACAUUAAUGUACCACAAUCGUUUAAAACUGUCUGUGUUAAAUGUCACUCGUGUCGUCCUUUGUCGAGCCUUGUAGAUAAAAUGUGUUGUAAUUGAAGUAAAUGUUUAGUUUAAGGGACCCUGUGAAUGGGGCAAUAAGCCCUGUAGGGAUCACCAGUCAUUUAUGACAAAGCUAGUAAAUAAAUAAUUAUUCACAUUGAAUGUUUUUGACCACAUCCAAAACAACAGUAUGUUGAAUAUUAUGCUGCACUUGUGCAAUGUUUUUAAUCAUGUUGCAUUUCAUGUAACAAUUGUAAAUAUUGUUCUAUUCAUGGUCGUUGAUUUAAGCUUUCGAACAAUUCUGUUCAAUGAUGUUAUGCAAGUAAAAAUGAUUGUAUUGUUUUAUGACUUUCAUUUUUACUUCUCUUCUCGACACUUCACUUUCGCCAACCGAAUGCUGAGCUUAAUUGCAAUCCAGAGAAAAUACACGAUCUUGUUCAUAUUUACAAACACUUGCCUUGCUCACUGAAUUUCUUCGCUAGUGAAGCUUUCAUCUUUCGACCAAAUCCAUGUUGAGAUCCAUGUCAUGUUCAAUGAUAUUAAUAUUAUACGAGGACAAAUGCAUGUUCAUUGAUAUUAUACGAGAACAAAGUACUGAGCUAUACCAGUGAUACAAAUUUUUGCAUAGUACCUUAAUAUUGAACGGAAUGGACUUCUUCCUAUAAAUUUUCUUGUAAUUUAUAAAUAGAACAAAAAACUACUUUGAUCUAAAUAUAAAAGCGUAAAAUUUAUUGACAUGCUGUUUAACGGAACAAUGUUUUGCUGCCCGUUGUUCACACUUGUCAACAAUAUUGUUGAGCCUGAACUGGGUAUAAAAAUAUUGUUCAAUAUUGUUGACAAAUGUGAACAUGUGCGCAGCAAAACAUUGUUCAAUCCUGUUUGUUGCAACAACCUGAUCGUCUUUAGCUGUGUAAUUUGAUAUCAGUAAAUAAGCGGCAUGCUAUGUACUUUGUGUUGUAAAAUGUCAAAGAAUUGAUCACGUGGUUGCAUGCUAUCGUCCUUCUCAAACUCCACGAUGGCAAAGCGGUAUACUGGUAAAACCAGUAUAUGCAAAAACUUUGCAAUUCAUUUAAUUUUAUAUACGAGAAUCAAAGUCUUAACGUUAUUGGUUAAUACUGUAAUAGCGGUAGCCGUAAAUUCAAGCACAAAACGUAUAUAUUAUUCCUCAAAAAAUAUUCAGUACGAUGACCGUUUCCUUUCUUUUUGUUAUUUGAAUCAAAAAUUAUAUUAUCCUGUUUGUAAAAUUUAUUGUUUUGAUGUAUGGCUAUCUAUUGACGAAAGUUUAUAAAAAAUAUUUUUUAAAUCUUGAAGUAAUAUAAAGUUGAGGAAGAAAAACUUAAAGCCCUAAAAUGUUUGGGUAAACCGAAAAAAUAGCAUGAUAUAUUUUUUCAAGCUAUCUAUAUAUAUACAGUUGCCAGUUAAUUGAUAUAAACCUUGUUUAAUCUUUAGUAUGUAUCAAUUAAAAUUUCUUUUAUUAAUAAAGGUCGAUCCAUAUCCGUAAUUCUUUAGCUUUUCAAGCAUUUUUCAAAGGUUGAAAAUCACCAUCCUGUGGAUAACGCUAUUCAGCCUUCGUACAACCGGGCCCAGGUUUCUCACAUUAGCUACACGUCUAGCCAUGAGUAUAUCUGAUUAGUGUUUCAUAUACUUAUUUUAUGUUUAACAGGAUGUUGAUGAAUUUAAAAACUACAAGAUUUUUAUGUCAACUAUAUUCAAACUGCUUGGUUCUAACUCAACCAUUGACGAAGAAGUGAAUCGCAUUGUUGAUUUGGAAAGAGAAUUUGAAGAUGUAUGGAUUUCUGACAAGAACCUUAAUUCCCACUUCUGCUUGUGUACUCUGUUGUCAUAGACUCAAUUUUCUUCUGUCAUACUGUUGCGGUCACCAAAGAAACACGUUGAUAAAAUUCGAAUUCAAAUUCACAUUCAAAUUCAAAUUCAUUUAAUUUAAUUUAAUAGUUUUACCUUGUUAUGUCACAGAACCCCAGGCUAUAUAGUUGGUUAUAUUUUUAGCCUGCAUAUAGCAUUGAGCCGUCGCGCCGGCGUGCCUGCCUCUUGGGGUUAGAUACUUGAUAUUAAUAAUAGAAGGAAGGAGACGUAUAACGCCCCAAAUAGCCCAGACUUGCAUAUGGAGCCCAAAAUGCAUUUUAUUCAAAUUUAAUCGAUAUUCCCGGCAAGAAUGAUAACAUACAACUCUCAAAAUAAAGAUGCUUUAACCAAAGGGCUUAUAUUCGCUUCAAAAUCCGCAAAGGAACGACAAAAUUCGGCCAAAAAACAUGCGAGGCAUGUAGCUGCUGUGCAGUAAACAGGAAGUCGAUAAGCUACUAAAGCCAAAUCGAACCUGAUUGGACAACGAAUUUAUAAACAUAUUCAAAUAUAUGCAUGUUCGGAAAUAUAUGUUCAAGCCGUCAGGAGCAUAAAGCCGUGGUGUGAUGGUAUCGCGAUUUUAAAUUUUAGAAAAUAAUUUAUGACAUAUUCUAUUUAUGGUUAAUUAAUCUCACAGAUUUUUGAUAUUCUGCAAGUAGUUUAUCAACGUCUGGUGAAAAUUUUAAUUCUUUUCGUUCCAUUUCUCCAUAAUUUGGUAUAACCGCUACAGCAAUACAGAACAAAAUCAGUAAAUGACAACAGACUACAAAAGCGGAAGUGUGUAUACAAUAUAUGUACAUAUACAAUGUGCGGAUUUUUAAAAGCCAGUCAUUGGCCUUCAGUGUGUAGGCUAUGUUAAUCAAUUUUCUAGACAGUAGAUUGGCAAGAUUAUGGACCCAAAUAGGAAUUGCCAGCACGAUGGCACCCCAAUCAUUGUUGCAGAACUUGCAGUGGAGAGUUUUUUGUAAUACCAUAAAGGAUGUUUAUCAUACUUUUUCAGGUCAAAGAAACGUUCGACCCGAGAGACGUAAAAAAUCUUAAAAAGAAUAUCAAAUUUAUGACACUUGAUGAGUUGAAUAAAUUCACUUCCGGCAAGGUAAGGUUUGCAACUAUAUGUAGUGAUAAAACACGUCCUACUUGUGUUUUGAUAUUCAUGCUCAUUUACAUCCAUUGUUCUUCUAUUGUACCACACUUUAAAUCCCUCUCCGGAAUAAAACACCAGUACACCAUUUUGAUACUUACGUCCCAAAUCUAUCCUUGACUCGGAAGCCUCAUUCUCGUGAAUCGUGAACGACUUCAGCCUUUUGCUUUGGCUCUUAUAAUAGAGAGUUUACCAUCUACGACGCGGCCGGAUCAACAACGCGCUUUCGAAACAAAGAAAUUUGUCAUGCAAGACAAAAACUGUGAAUAAUUUAUGGUCCCAAGGGUAUUCUCAACACAACAUUAAACUAUGCAUUACCAUGUUUUUCAAGCAACGUGAAAGCUUAUUGCGACCUAAAGCCGGUUUUCCACUUGCGAAUUUUUUCGCGCGAAGCGAAUUUUUCGUUUGUCUUUGGUCUCUCAACUGGAACCAUGUCGAAAGAAAAAUUCGCUUCGCGGGAAAACUGAUUUCGCAAGUGGAAAACCGGCUUAAGAGGUUAUUUAAAGUCGGCGAAAUUACAGCGAACAUUAGAUUGCAUUAGACGGACUUAGCCGUUUGUAAGAUUAUUUGAAAAAGUUUAUUACAGUAAACAAAUUUAUUUAUUGCUUAGCGCUCAUUCUUGAGCUGAAAUUCAGACAGCGUUGUUGAGCCAGUCGCGUCCUAUAUAUCUUAAACUCUCUAAUUAUAAGAGCAAGCAUUAUUGCGUCAUAAUUCUGUGGGUGAUUAUGAAGGCCCUCCUAUAAUCUAGGUUUACUUACCAUUCCUUAUACUUCAAUCACCACUUUCUAGUUUAAUUGGACAGUGUAUUUUGAGGAAAUACUUAAUGGCACAAAGGUAUCGAUUCCGUCAAACCUAAAAUUAAUGAUACUACUGCCCAAUAAUGUUAAAAAGAUUGUUGAUUGGAUUACCGCAAAACCAAAGAGGUGAGCAACAAACCAUGCAUGUAUAUUGCAAACAUCGUUAUGAUAUGCCUAUAGAUAUUCACGUUAUUUAGGUGAUACUAGUAUGGCGGUAUUGUUUUAAAAGUUAACCGGUGUAGCUACCAUUAUUAUCAGUGCCUUUGUUAAGAAAUUUCUAUUGGGGCAGGGGACAAAGGAAAAAUAAAUUCUUUAAAAUAGGAAAAUGCGGGCCGUUAUCACUGAUUCACUGAUCGGCAGGUUCACUGAUCUCAAAAUUAUGGCUGUUUGCCAGGAAUGUGAUAAUUUUGUUUGCAAAAUGACAAUAAUUUAUUUACUGUGGGAAAUCGUGAAAUAUGUUUAAUGUUUAUGAAUUCUGUUAUUUCAAUUUUUUUGCCUACAACUUGCAUUGCUUUCCUUUCAUGAAGCUGCCAGUUUUCUAAAUUACGCUAUUUAAUUUGGAGAAAAAAAAUAUUUUAUUUUACCGUGGGUUGAACCUUUGGGAAGUCAUAUUAGAUGAAUUAUUGCAACGAUUUUCGUUUUGCUUAUAUUUCUCUGAAGGUUUGGGUUGUUAUAAAAUGGGGCUGGCUGUCAUUAUGAGUUUUUGUUGUUGUCGCAAACGCGAUAUACUAUAUCGAGGCACCGCAGACUCAGAUAAUCUAUGCAAUUCGUGGAGUGGGCAAAAUGUUUCAAACAAUUUCGUUUAAAUUUUCAAGGAAUUGUACCUGUUUUUUUAUGGAUUUUGCAUUGUGUCGAACUCUGGACUGCCUCGUGAGUUUAAUUAAUUAAUGAUCUUUUCUUUGUGCACGACUCCGAAAUUUGGAUCGUUGAAUUUCUGUGAAAUCAUGAAUUAUAAUAUACUGAAUAUAAACGAGCCAAGAACAAGUUCAAGGUAAAAGAUUAAUCUAAAACUAUACACAACAUAGAUUUAACAGAUAACUACUAUAAUUGUUAAGUUUUGAUAUAGGUAAUGAGAACGAUACUAGCCCAUAUCACUAAAAUAUGUAUGCAACAACAGUCCCUAUAAUAGGUAGCUAUGCAUGGAAACGUGAAAACUGUUGUGUGAAAUAUAUGAUGUUAUAUUGUGAUGGCCUCGUGUUUUGGUCACAAUUGACCAAAUUUAUGCCAUGUGUGAUAAAAAUAGGUACAAUUCUUGUAUAAAUGUGAACCCAAAUAAUACGUGAAAAGGUGUAGGCUAUGGAACGAAAAGUUUAAAUCAUGGUAUGUGAAAAUCAUAAGUAGAAACGGUCUAUCAAAGUGCGGCCAGACGUUUUAGAGAAUGGCCACGGUGUACUAAAUAAAAAGCUUGUAAAAAUAAACUAAAGAAGAGAAGGAUCGAAAUAUUCAUGUGUGUGUAAUUCAGAUAUCUCAGUACGUGGCGUUUAAUCCUUGAUGGGCUCGUCGGCGACUCAGUGCACUAAGGUUUUAUCGGAAAACGUUAAAACUGUUAUAAUUGACCUUCUUGCUAUUUCUUUGUUUCGAGAAAAUAAUUUUACCUCUGGCAAGUGGGAGGGUCCUGAAUGGGGGUCCCAAUCCCAUUUCCCACCUGAAAUUUCCCACCUGAAAAUUCCCAUUCCCAGUGGCCAAAUCCCAGUCCCAGCAACCCAAAUCCCAUUUUCCCAGUCUAAAAAUAGAUCAAUCCCUGUUCCCAUUUUACCCCUUCAGGGCCCUCAAGUGGCAACCAAAUUUGUUUUGAGAAAUUCUGGUCUGCAAUGACAUGCAACUAAAACAUAACCCACAGCGUUAUACCGGGUAUAUAUAGGUCGCAGUCUUGCUUUAUCGUGCGACGAAGCAAACCGCAAACGCCCCGAGCGGACGUCUGUUCAUAAUCACUUCGUUUGUGUUUAGUUCACUUAUUACUCCGUCUGCAUGCGUGUGUGCAUUAGUCAUUCUUCUGUGAGUUCUACUCAUCGUUAGUAUGAAUUACCGGUGCUGAACAUUCAAUAGGUCUGUGCAUGUUGUUGUGAACAACGUUUCUAGCGAGAAUUGAGCCCAAACCACAGACUGUGGCGUAACUAGAGCGUUAAUUGGGGGGGGGGGGGUAUAUUCAUAUAUUCGUGUUCUGCCCGACUAAUUUAUUUUGAAAUGAACUUAAGUUCAAAAGAAAUUCGUCGGGCAGAACACGAAUAUAUGAAUAUACACCCCCCCCAAAAUUAACGCUCUAUAGUUACGCCUCUGUCAGACCACAGUUUGUGUAUUUUGCCAACCGAGGCAAGUGUGAAAGUGUGAGCAAGAGUCUUGUUUACUGUAGGUCACACAUUUGCAGUAUGCGCCGUAUUGCGUUAUUUACUACAAUAUUUUUCGAACGGAGCGAUAUUGUGGAAUAUACCGGUCCACUUUUGAUAGCUUGUUAAACGAAUAAAUUUAUUAAAAGAUUAUUUCAAAACUGUUCGUAAUUAAAAUUUAAAGAUAGAACUCCAAGAAUAUGUUGCUUGCAUGUAGUUAAAUUCAAUGCCGGAGUCUUUGAAGAACGAAGCAUUUGAAAUUGGCAUUCUUUUCUCAUUUCGCCAACGGUUUAGUGGACGGGUAUUCUGCAAUUUAACCUUUCGAACAUCAGUAUAUUGAAAUUCCAAUAGCGCCCAAGUUUAUACUUAUAUACAAUUAUGUAUUAUAUAGACUGUUUAGCGGGCAUCGGAGUUCGGUUUCAGGCCAAAAUCUUAAUAUAAUCGAUGUCUACAUGUACAGAUAUGUUUCACCAGCCUAAUUGUAUUUACUGAAUUUACUUUUUGACUAUUUCGGGGAAAUUUUACUACUUGUUAUAUAUAUAUAUAUAUAUAUAAUGAAAUGUUGCUGAUAACAAGAUACAAGUGUUGUAUAUAGAAAAGGUUUCAAUGUGCAACCAAAAGAGACAUUUAUAACGUAAAAUAAAAUAAAAGCCACUCAAAUUUUGCACAAACGUUUUCGCUUUAAUGUUAGCUCCUCAGGUGCAUAUUUACAAUGAGUGGAAUUUAGUUUAUCUAUUAUCUACGUUCUAUGAUAUCAUAUUAUAAUAACUAUGUUAGGAAUGCAUAUAUUUACAUGGUGUGAAGUCACCCGUUAAAAACAUUCUAUUGAUCAAAAUGUAAGCAUAAACUUAAUGGUUUUUUAAUUAGCGUUCAGAUCCGGAUUCAGUAUAUUGAUAAGUUCUUUUUCUUUCAUCUCCCUGAAAAGUCUGUCCGUGUUAAUGCAUUGAUAUAUAGGCAUUAUUUUGAAAAUUCCGUUGUUACACAUAUUUAAGUGUUCGCUUACUUUUAGAUGUCUAUACUCUUCGUGUCGAAUUUGUUCCUUGUGCAAUGUCACUCUUUUUCGUAAGUUUUCUGUCUGGCCGAGGUAGAAGCUGUCGCAUUUUGAGCAAAUGAUCACGUAAAUGACAUAUCUCGCUUUGCAGUUCAUCGUUGAAUUGACUUUCCAGGUUUUUCCGCUCUUUAAUGUAACAGACUUUCCUGUGAUUAAAACAUCGCAUGUUCCACAUCGCUUUUCCUCGCAUUUUGUUACACAGUGUUCUCUGUCCUCUGAAUUGAAUUGUUCUUUUGUCAAGUAUCGCUUCAAGUUCUUCGGUUGGCGUUUGCUUACAAUGAGUUUUGUUCUGUCUAAUACUCGUUUCAUUUUCUCGGAAUUGUUUAGAAAUUUAAAGUUCUCCCUUAUUUUUCCAAUUACUUGAGGAUUGUUGGGAUUGUGAGUUAUUACUAAAGGCAAGACAUUGUCAUCAGUUUUAUGUUUUGGUGCCCUCAAUUCCUCAAUGUUUUUUGAUGAAGCCUUCUGUAUUCCGUUUUUUAUAAGCAAUUUCGGAUAGUUCUGCUUUUGUAGGAAAUAUUCUAGUUCAUCAAGACGCUUCUUCUUUAAAUCUUGAUUUGUUACAAUUGCACAGAUCCGUCUUGCCAGUGUGUAGGGAAUGUUUGAUUUUGUAUGUCCAGGAUGACAUGAAUGAUAAUCCAGAUAUAUAUAUAUAUAUAUAUAUAUAUAUAUAUAUAUAUAUAUAUAUAUAUAUAUAUAUAUAUAUAUAUAUAUAUAUAUAUAUAUAUAUAUAUAUAUAUAUAUAUAUAUAUAUAUAUAUAUAUAUAUAUAUAUAUAUAUAUAUAUAUAUAUUAAGAUGAAAAUGUUCUAGAGUGUGUAUUAUAUAAUUUCCAUACCCAGCGCAAGCAGAAAGAUGUUGUCUACCGCGGCUGGGUCUUGAACCCGCAUAUAUAUAUAUAUAUAUAUAUAUAUAUAUAUAUAUAUAUAUAUAUAUAUAUAUAUAUAUAUAUAUAUAUAUAUAUAUAUAUAUAUAUAUAUAUAUAUAUUUAUUUUACUUCAGUGUUUUAACUCCUUUCUUGGAGUACAUUUUUAUCCGUUAUUGGGGUAAAAACUAGUCCUUGGCGGAAACCAAAAAUAGGCUAUUCCUUUGAAGAUAAAAAUACUGCAGUAAAAUUCACUCCAAAGAAGAAGUCAUUCUGUACCUUGCAGUUAAAAUGACUGCCCAAAAUUAACAGUGCGAAUCCCGUGAAUUGAUUUCUUCUUGUUUAUUUUAGUCUAUUAGCCAAUGACAUAAUUUGGAAUGUUAUUCGAGGCUUGAUUAAUAAUCUACCAGUGGCAUUUAGAGCAGCACAGGAUAAAUAUAGACAACGUUGUUAUACUCCCAGAUGGAGGACAUGUAAUCUUUUAACAGACAAAUAUUUUACAUUCGCUACAACUCUACUGUAUGUGAAUAAACAUUUGCCAGAAGAUGCUAGAAAAACGGUAAGAUAUGUAUGUUGUCCAGUGUAUCUACAGUAGUAUUGCGCAAUGACGGCCACAUUGGUUUGACACAUGGGAAGAGUUAAUUCUUGCAAUUUACGGCUUCUGGUCAGGGGCUAAACUUGAGGUGGGGGAGGGGGGUAUGGGGUGUGACACCCCCCAAAGUACGAAUCAUCUGGAUUGGCAGGGCAAAUCAUCUGGAUUGGCAGGGCAAUCAAAGAUUUUAAAUGAUAGAAUGUAGAGUUAUUAAUUAAGUACCUUACAGGGCUUCCAGAGGGAAUUGAAUAUAGAAUUUAUAAACCUAAAUUUUACAGACAUUGGGCGAAAAAAUUUUUUCCGGAAAAAAUUUUUUGACCCUUAAUUGAACUGGGUUAUGUCCGGAAAAUUUUUUUCAACCCCUCCCCGCUCGUCAACAUUUUUUUGAAAAAUAUUGGCCAAAACAAAAAUUUCCUGUAGGGCAUCAUCGGCUUUCGCAGGGCAAUUCUAGCAGACACCCCCUAAUUAAAAGAGGCUAGUUUCUCCCCUGCUUUUGGUGGGGAAAGAAACAUAUUGUCUAGUUAGUAACCAUGAUGGGCAUCAAUAUGGCUUCCUCUUUUUCUUCUGAAUUUGCCACUGAAUAACUAGCAAGCUCACCAGCUUCAAUAUGACAAUCUCAAGUCUCGUUAGAACGCACUAAAACAUGUUUGGGCAUCUACAUCUUUCCCAGUACACAGGAAAAACAUUUUGCCUAAAAACACCCCAAAACUUGAACGAUUUAAAAACAUUUUCUAAUUAUGAAUAUUCAAAAAUAGCUCAUUUAAUUUCAAAAAGAUUUUCUAUCCACUACUAUACAAUAUAGAUAGUUGCGUGAUGAUUGGUUUGGAAUUAUCCAGUGCAUGGAGACAGUUAUCAGGCGAAGCUGAAAGCUUAAAGCUUGAUAAUUUAGGAUAUCACACAAUCGAAUUCGAUAUUUUUUUAUACACACUGUGUUGUAUAAGUUCUAGUUGCAUAGUAGCCCAAAUGCUGUCGUGCGCGAAACAUUGACGCCAUUAUAAUAUUUAGGAUAAGCUCAGAUUACACGUAUAUAGUUGCGACUAUAAUAAGUUGAUUUUUAUAGGCGGUAGAGAUGUUUACAGAGAUAAAAGGUCAGUUCGUUGACGGCUUGAAAGAACAAACAUGGAUGGAUCCUGGAACCCGGGCUCAGGCUCGUCUUAAGGUUAGUGGCACGAAGGUUAUCAUGGGCAAGGUAUACGAAAUAUUAGUGGUCAGCACUUGUAUGAGCAUUUUUUCGGAGAGGGGCAUUCGGGUUUAAGUGACUUUUGGGUUCAAAUUAUUGAUAGUACUGAUGUUAUCAACCCUAAGGGAAAGGGAAAGUUAUUGGAUAGAGAAAAUCAAUUGUUAUUGUCCAUUGCAUGGGAUUAAACAUGAGGGAGAAAAGUAAUUACCAUGCAUAGUUUAAUUUAUGUAAAUUUUGAGUAUAAAGGACUAUAAAAACUGUGGACAAGGCUUUGUAAGGUAAUUUGAUCGUUUCUGAAGAAGGGGCGUGCCCCCUAUGUUAUGUUAUGUUAUGUUAUGUUGUGUUAUGUUAUGUUGUGUUAUUGUUCAUGCACUCCGUAAUAUGAUAGGUAGAAAAUGUUCUCGAGUGUGUAUUUCAUAAUUUCCAUACCCAGCGCAAGCAGAAAGAUAUUGAUAUUAUUAUUUAUUUCAUUUUUUUUUAUUAUUUUAUUUAUUUAUUUAUUUUUUUUAUUUGCCGCGGCAGACAAUAUCUUUCUGCUUGCGCUGGGUAUGGAAAUUAUGAAAUACACACUCGAGAACAUUUUCUACUUACUUGUCACAUAUGAGUGUUUUCGUUCUAUACAGCUGCAGAAAAUGACGGAUGUGAUUGGUUUUCCAUCGUUUAUUAAGGAUCCUGCGACACUGAACGCGGUUUAUGGAUAUGUGAGUUUUGAAUCAAAACUGAUUGCAUAA